CGAAGGAAGUGAAGAGCACUUUUUAGCAACCUCACAGCAGAGCUGAGCUGGUUCCUGACAGUUUGGUCCACCUCUGCAUGUAGAACCUGCUGAUGGAUCUUUUCUGGAUGGUUCUGCUGACGGUUCUGGUUUGUUCAGAGGCUCAGAACGUGAAAGAUGUUACUGGAGAGCUGGGUCAGAAUGUUACUUUAACCUGUUCUGUGACCCAUAAUGACAUCUACUGGUCCAUGGAGAUCCACAACCAGUUCAGAAUAGAAAUCGGAAAAACUUUCUCUUUAACGUUCUCCUCCUACGACUAUGAAGACUUUAAAUCCAAAUUCUCCAUGUCUGGAAACCAGCUGGUGAUUAGAAACUUCUCUGCAGAGGACAGCAGGCUGUACUUCUGUGGGAUGAAGAAGAACAGCACCGUGGUUCUGGUGGACACAUUCAGGCUCACAUCAGGCGUCCGUCCAGCUGGUCCAACCACAUCCUCCACUCCAUCCGGACCCAACAUGUCCACCCUGUCUGGUCCUGUAGCAGGGUGGCACACAGAACCUGCUGUGCUGGGCUCGUUCACCCUGAAUGCUGUCCUGUUUGUCCUUGUUCUUGCUCUCACCUGUCUGCAUUUUAAGAAGAAAGGCUGCUGCUGCUGCUGCAGCGUGAAGGACUCUGCAGAGUACAUCCUAGACCAGCAGGAGAUGCAGAACCCACAGUACGAGGAGAUCCAGCUGCCUCCCCCUCGGGUUCCUUCAGAGUGUAUUUACUCCAAAGCUCAAUAUCCUGGCUUCAUGCCUCAACACUGACUCACACCUGGACAGGUAGACCACACCAAGUAUUAUGAGGUCUGGAAAGAAGCCAGCUAUAGAAGAAAGGAUCUUCUGCUGGUCCAUCUACUGCUUCAGGACCGCUGGGAUGUGGAGAAACCUCAGAAACCUGAAGAACAUGUAGUCCAGGAAGCUGCAGAAGUUCCAGUUUCUGAGCAUGAACCUGUAUAAACUCUAAGAAGAUUCUGAUGUGAUGUUAAUGAAGACUGUUCUAUGAUAUGUCCUCGUUUUAUGGUUUAUUUGUCUUCCUGUACACAACGUUUUUUUUAUCAUGCAUAGCAGCCUGACCACAACAGAUAUGAAAGAGUUGUUCUGGUGGCAUCUUCUCUCCAUGGGUUCCAUCAUCUAGAUGUUCAAAUGGCUUCAGAAGCAGAUUCAUUUACACCUGAUAUUUCAAUGAAUUUUUCCACUUAUGGCUGCAGAUUUGAGCUGUUCCUCACAUAUUAGCGUCAUGUCUGAACCUUUAGUGAGAUUUAUUACAGCAUCUGACAGUGAACCGCAGAGGUUUCUCUGGUGCACUCUGAUCAAUGCUAGAUGCACUGCAGAGCAGAACCACAGUGCAACGAAGCAUCAGUGUGCGACCGCAGAGCUGCAGUAUGUCUCCAGGCAUAAAGAGUUGACCUAAAAUCUAUGUCACAAAUGUUUCAGAAAACAUAAAACUCUUUUGUUUUCAUUUUCUGGGUAAUUAAUAUUGACUUCCUGUUUACUGCCUGGCUACCCCUGACCCCCACACACCCUACCUACCCACUGCACUGGAAAACAGCUCAUGAUUGACCCAGUUAAAGGGGGUUUUGGUGAUUGUGUCUGUAGAGGAACAUCAUCUUUGUCCUCCCACCAUCUCACCACAUGGCAAUCAAUGUCACAACACCUUCCUCCCUCAAACAGCUCAAAGCCACCCAGUAACAGCUCUGCAGGCAGUGCCAAGAACUGUUCACCAUUUCUGCACCACUGAGGUUUUAAUUCAGCAGCAGCUGCCAGUGCUGGACCAUAUAUGGUCUCUAUGUAUGCAGAUGAUACUGUUGUUUAUCUGCAGGUUUAUAAAAGACAGUUUAGAGCUCUCAGGUCUGUUUAAGUUGAUCAGUGUAAUAAUUCAGCACCAGAUGCUUGUUUAUGACUUUCUAAGCUGUAAAACAACAGUGAGGUGGAGCUUGAUGUGCCAGGUCGUCUAUCCUUAUGACACGUUUAUUAAACACAUUUACUCAUGGA